AUGUCCCAAACCUCCACACUCGCCCUGAAAGAGGUUCAAAAACAUGUAGCGCCGUCUAUCGUAGUUCCACCCUUCGAGCUGCCUGAUCCGAAUAUCCCAAUCGAUUUCCCUAACUUCAUCUGCUAUCCCCCUAUCACCCCCAUCUGCGUCAUAAACACCGAUCUUGCUCACCGGUAUCCGUUAGACCCUCAGCGUGUCCUACAGCGAGGGAUGUUCGAAGGCCUUGCCAUUGACGCGAUAGGGGAAGUGAAUGCGUUCGAUCACUUCGAGCUCCUUAUCCAACGAAUCUGCGGCUUCAACACGGACAAAGACAUCCAUCCGGUCCUCAUGAUCGACGGGAAGAUGGCACUCUGUGUGACGUUCGCGCAGAAUUUAACGCGUCAAACAAUGGGUGUAGAUGUAGUGAAGGUUAACAAGGUGAAGAAGUUCCUGGGCACGACGGAGGAACCGGGGUGGUAUAAGUACGCCUGGCAUCAUUAUCGCGACGAGAGUGACGAUGAAGGAUUUUAAAGAACCCGCGGCGGGAUAUAUCUCGUCUGAGCUAUUUUUCGGGGGUUUUAUAUCUAUAUGCACUUAUUG